AAAAUGCUGAUCUCACACUCUUCCCCGGCUGCUUCGCUGUUGCCCUGCUGCUGGGUUCACACCGCUCGGGAAAACAGCGGAGGCCCCACAGCCAGCCCGAAGCUCCAGCCACCUUGUCCUCUGUUGCGAGGGAGACCUCACGGUCCCAUAAGCCGCGCCAGCCAUGACGACCUCGUACCAGAAAGAGCUGGAGAAGUACCGGGAUAUCGAUGAAGACAAGAUCCUGCGGGAGCUGUCGCCAGAGGAGCUGGAGCUGCUCGACAUAGAGCUGCAGGAAAUGGAUCCCGAGAACGUCAUGCUCCCGGCCGGGUUCCGACAGCGAGACCAAACCAAGAAGAGCCCCACCGGGCCUCUGGAUCGUGACGCCCUGAUGCAGCACCUGGAGAAGCAGGCCUUGGAGGCGAAGGAACGGGAAGACCUGGUGCCCUUCACUGGGGAGAAGAAAGGAAAGCCUUUUAUUCCCAAGAAUCCCAAGAGAGAGAUCCCCAAGGAGGAGCAGAUCACGCUGGAGCCCGAACUGGAGGAGGCCUUGGCAAACGCCACCGAUGCGGAAAUGUGCGACAUUGCAGCCAUCCUGGGCAUGUACACCCUCAUGAGCAACAAGCAGUAUUACGACGCCAUUUGCAGCGGCAACAUCACCAACACCGAAGGCAUAAACAGUGUGGUGAAGCCGGAUUCUUACAAGCCCGUCCCGGAUGAGCCGCCCAACCCCACCAAUGUGGAAGAGACCUUGGCAAAAAUCAAGAGCAACGACAGAGAUCUUGAGGAAGUGAACCUGAAUAACAUCAAGGUCAUUCCCAUUCAGACCCUGAAAGACCUUUGCGAAGCCAUGAAAAGCAACACCCACGUGAAGAAGCUCAGCCUGGUGGCGACCCGGAGUAAUGACCCAGUGGCACACGCCAUCGCCGAGAUGCUGAAGGAGAACAAGACCCUGCAGAGCCUCAAUAUUGAGUCCAACUUCAUCACUGGCACGGGGAUGAUGGAGGUGAUCAAAGCCAUGAAGGAGAACACCGCGCUGUGCGAGCUCAAGGUGGACAACCAGCGCCAGCGGCUGGGGGACUCGGUGGAGAUGGAGAUGGCCGCCAUGUUGGAGAACUGUCCCUCUGUCAUCCGCUUUGGGUACCACUUUACGCAGCAGGGACCAAGGGCCAGAGCUUCGAUUGCGAUAACCAAGAACAACGAAUUACGCCGCAAGCAGAAGAAAACAUAAUGACCGUGCGGCUGCCCCCGCAGCACCCCCCGCCCCCUCACGUGCCUAACCACGAUCUUCCUGGCCUGGGCUCCAGCCGUCUCCCGAAGCCGGAGCUCGAUCGCCGACUUUCUCCCAGUGCGCCCGAAGAGAUCUGCCCUGCCGUUUUCCUCUCCGACCGGCAUGCCGGCGGUCUCUUGCAUCUCAGGUCCUUGCUUGCUCCGAAUCCAUCUUUUCAUGGGAGGAGGUCCCUGCAAACAGGGACCUUGGAGAGAUACUGCCGGGGGGCCAGACUGACUUUGUUCUUCCCCACGGACCAAAGACAGUUGUAAUCCUCCCGUCUUCCCUGGAUCAGCUACUAUUAUUAAAUGAUUUAGGCACUUA